CCGCAUGACACCCAUUUCUCGUCCCUCUUGCCACAACGCCCGUCAUCACUUCGCCGUUGGACGAUAGCCCGAAGCCCAUAUGAGUGGUGUGUCGUCGAAAAACAGCAGACAUGGAAUCGACUUUGCGAGUUUUCGACAUUCAAGAAAAGCAGACCGGCGAGGCAAAAGCCCCGAGCUUCCCCCAAAUCAAAUCCACCGCCUCCGGCUUUCCCGAACACAAGAAGAGGUCGCGAGUGUCCACUUUCAAGAAGCAAAGGCGGGAGGCCGGGGCAGGAGGUGGCGACAACAAAGGGGAAGUCAGGCGGGAUGUGCCGGCAUCCAUAGCGCCAGAGCCCCGCAGCGGACCGGGCGGUGCCGGGGGAGGACCAGCCAACGGCCUCGUCCCUCCCGGGCCGGAAAGGCGAACAAUCGAUAGGGAGAACCGCCAGAGGCUGGCGGCGAUGUCGUCCGCCGAGAUCGCCGACGCUCAGGCGGAACUCCUGUCGUCCUUGGACCCAAACGUCUUGCAGAUGCUCCUACGCCGCGCGAACCUAGACGAGAAGCCCCCCGGCCCGGACCCAUUCGCGAUGGAUAGCGUGAGCUCCGCCCCGCUGCCGGCAUCAACAAAGACGGAAGGGGCGGAAGGGGCGGAAGAAAAUACAAUGAAGGAGCUUCGAGCUCCCAAAAAGACGGUGUCGUUUGCCGCAACGGUCGAAGACGAAGUCCCCGAACCGCCAUCACGGCAGCAGCAGCCAGACCAAGCGCCGCCGGAGCAGCCGUCGCCGGCGCCACAGCAACAACAGGAACCGCCCAAGGCGAGCACCAACACCACGCACUUCCCCCACGCGACCGGCCCGCCCGAGCUCGACCCCUCGGACCCCAACUUCCUCGAGGCGCUGCACCAAAAGUACUUCCCCAACCUCGCGGCCGACCCGGCCAAGCUGGCAUGGAUGGCCCCACUGCCGACCGAAGGCUCGCCCGCGGACCGCGACUCCCCCUACUACCCGGGCCAGACCAGCCUGGCCGUGUCGCAGCUGCGGUUCGACUUCGCCGGCCGCCUGCUCCCUCCGCGCCUGAGCCGCCAGAUCCCGACCACCAAGGGCCUGCACCACCACGGCGAGGCGCCCGAGGCCGCGGGCUACACGGUCGCCGAGCUGGCCCGCCUCGCCCGCAGUGCCGUCCCCGCCCAGCGCUGCAUCGCCUUCCGGACCCUCGGCCGCAUCCUGUUCCGCCUCGGCAAGGGCGAGUGGGGCCCCGGCGACGAGGGCUCCAUGGCCAUGGGCGUCUUCCGCCAGGUCAGCGAGGGCCGCGUCCUCGACAGCCUCAACGAGGCCGCCUCGGUCGAGGAGGGCACGGGCCACCGCGCCGCCAGGGCCUACGCCAUCGAGGCCCUGUGGCUGUACGAGAAGGGCGGCUGGAGAGCCAGCUUUUCUGGGCGUUGAUAUUGGCCUAUCACAGCAGAGAGGCGCGGCCGUAAAUUGGCUUGUCUAAGCUGUAUGGGGUGAACUUUUGUGUAGUGUCUCCAGGACCCAGGUUCAAUACCAUGAUACCCAACUGCGCGCGAAGCGGACUCUAAAGUAUCUUGUCCAAAGUGACCUUUUCACCUGACCUUGACAGUUACUACCACAACAGUCACGGUUUUUUGUCUCACUACUUGCCGAGAUGGAUGGCUACACUCUAUGGCUUAUACAUAUCAUCACUUGCCCCGCUUGGCCUUUACAAGCCGUGGGGAGUAACCAUCCAUCUUGGGAAGUAGUGAGGCAAAAGCGUGUCUCGGGAAGUAACAAGUGUUAAAGAGUCGGGUGGAGAGAGCCACCUUAGGAUUUCUUGCGAGACCGCAUUGUGUAUGGUGGCUUUUAUACCAUGAUACUCCUGAAAUUGCCGGUGGUUGGGUGGGCGUUGGGGAGUCGGUAGCCACGCCGUCAGAGACGCAGGCGCAAGGGCUUUGCCCGAUGGUCACGAUGCAUGUCCUGGGGUGGAGGGCAAGCCCGCCUCGAAAACACAUCGCACCAGCUCACAACACCUACAUACGAGGUGGCUCGUCAGGAAUUCGACGGCGGUUAUUCUUGUGAGAGGCCGCGCGCGUGUCCACUUGGACAGGAGUGGGGGUCAGAGUUGGACAGACCAUGAUAUGCUGGCAAUGGGACAUUAAUCUCCACGUUGUAUUUUGGUCGAUUUCCCAGCAGCCGAAUGUAAAUACCAACUCCCGCAUGUUUGAAGGAUCAGGGGUCAUAGAGAAACACGGGAAAGAUGGCCAAGGAAGAAUGAAAAAAAAAAGAUAAAAGGCUACCCUCUCCAGAGAUACAGAAAUUCUACCCAUCCCACCCA